AUGUCUAGACUAAAUGGAAAGACCGCUGUGGUCACCGGCGGUGCUACAGGAAUCGGCUUCGCAGCCGCAAAGCGCUUCGUCGAUGAAGGCGCUUUUGUCUUCAUCUUUGGCCGCCGUCAGGAAGCACUUGACAAAGCUUUGAAGGACCUUGGGUCAAAUGCCCGUGCUGUUAAGGGUUCAGUAUCUGAUCUUGAGGACCUCGACCGUCUCUACGCCGCAGUAAAGGCCGAGCGUGGUUCCCUUGACAUUGUCCUUGCCAACGCUGGAACAGGAAGUCAACUUGCCCUCGGCAAGAUCACCGUCGAGCACUGUGACGAAGCCUAUGAAACCAAUGUAAAGGGUACCCUUUUCACCGUUCAGAAGGCACUGCCACUGAUGGGCAAGGGCGGUUCGAUCAUUCUGACCGGUUCAAGUGCUGGAACCACUGGUGCCCCAGGUAUGGGUCUUUACAGCGCCAGUAAGGCUGCCUUGCGCAACUUCGCACGGAGCUGGGCCGAGGACUUGAAGGGUACCGGCAUUCGUGUUAACGUUCUGUCCCCUGGGCCUACUGCAACCGAACUUGCAAAAGAAGCACUAGGUGAGGAGGGCCAGAAGGUAUUCGCUUCCAUGAACCCUCUCCAGCGCAUGGCCGAUCCGUCAGAAAUCGGAGCCGUUGCUGCCUUCCUUGCAUCGGAUGACAGCAGCUUCAUGACUGCCAGUGAGGUCGCCGUCGACGGAGGACUCGCCCAAAUCUGA